AACUAGUGCCGUUGCAUGCCGCCUCCGACGACCCCGGACAUGCGGAAUAAGCUGCGAGAGGGCCCUCCGCGCGCGGGAAUCGAGUCUUGUCCGCAAAUCGAGACAUAAAGAAGGGACGCCUUUGGUGACCUUACACGGCCUGAAGGAUGCCACGAGGGGUCUGGAUUUUCGGCCUCGCGCUGCCGAUGCUGCUACAACAAACGCUGACGCCUGUGAAGGCUCAGCGGUAUCCAGAACUCGAUCACUUCCGCUACCCACGUCCUGCACGACAGCAUGUGUCACUACUGGGAGGCAUUCGACCGAGCCGGUCGAGCGUCGUGUCCGCGCGGUGCGUGAAUCCGCGGCUCUACUUCCGCAACGGUUUCACGAAGCUGCGGUUCCGAGGUCGCGUCGUCAAGUACACCUGCCGGCCGGGGUACUCUCUGUUCGGCGACUCGGUGUCAACCUGCAACGCCGGACGAUGGGACCGACCCGUUCCCGUAUGCGCAGCCCCUGGUUGCCGCCUUCCGGCUCGAGACCUUCUCCCCCGUGGCACGGUGGAAAACAUACGUGGCCGUGGCCUGAUGCUGCGCUUCCGGUGCCGCCUCGGCUACGUGCUCCGAGGAGGAGCGUCGGCGUUCUGCGACGGGCGCGCCUGGAACGGCUCCAGACCUGUAUGCGUCCCGGCUAUCACGGACCCUGACCCGUCGUGCGACUUCGAGGCCCUGGACCAGUGCGGCUGGUCGUCCGACUUGAGCAGCGGCGUCCAGUUCUCCCGGCAGCACGACAGCGAAGACGAUGACGUGGAGCCCAACGUCGACAACGUCACCAGUUCUGUCGGAGCCUCUGAAUCUUCGCCCUCCGGCCACUACAUGGCGCUGGAGAGCCUGGGUCAUCGACUGGCACUUCAGGACCUGGGAAUUCCGGCGAAGCUGGUGUCGCCCCCUUACCGGGCACUCAGGUUUCGCGCCUGCUUCCGCUUCUGGUACCGCCUCUCCUGUCGCCUGUGCACCCUCCAAUUAUUGCUGUGGAAUUCGACGGAUGAGACUGCCCUGUGGAGCUCUUAUGGACCACGCAAGGGCGGCUGGGCUAACGUCGAGUUGCCGAAGACCUUUGAAGAUUUUCAGUUAGUCUUUGCGGCGCGGACCCGACAACCAGGUGAGGGAGGCGUGGCCAUCGAUGACGUCAGGCUGGGUCCGGAGUGCCAAGACGUGCCGACCGCAGAGCCGCCGCCGGCGACAACCACAUUCUUGCCGGAUGACGUCACCACUGAGCUUGAUUCCGGUGACACGUGGGAUACGACGACGACGGAUGCUGGCAUUUCCGUGGACCAGGAAGACGGGACAGAGAGCAGCACAAACAAAGCCGGUCCCGUAGCAGCGAGCACCGAGAACUUGCCGACCACACGCGGGCCCGACCAGCGGGCUCCCGAGAGCCCAACGCCUACGACUUUGCUAUAUGAGCCCACGACGCAGUCAGGGUAUCUCCAAACUACAGCCGCUGUCCAUUCGCCAUCGUCGUCCAGGGCAGUUACAACGUCACUUGCCGUUCCCACGACCAGUGGGAUUCGAGGAGGAACGUCCGGUCCCUUCAGCCACAGUAGACCUCACUACAAGUCCGGUAACGUCGCUUCCGACGCAUGCGCCCCCUGCGACAAAGGUAUCGCCACAUGCUACGAACUUGCCUACCGCGGCCUCGACCUACAGCGUGAGUUCAAGUUCUUCUUGGCGGGAAAUAGACCCUACCACUACUGCCAUUCCUACUACGUCACAUCUUAUUACUAGCAGCUCGCCAAAGCCGUCAACGGCGAGCGAAAGCAGAAAACCUCAUGCGGCCACCGCAAGCCCCGCGUUCCCGGCCAGUACGUCAAGAACUACAUCAGGGACAGUGUCGGGCACACGAGUGCCUACACCGACGCGGCAACCACCCACAACUUCCGCUGGGCUUCGUCCAACCACCUGGCUUCGUCCAACCACUUGGCCAAGUGUUUACCCAAGCGUUGACGGCAAUACGGUGGGACCGGAUGUUACGUCAGUAAAACCCUCAGGAGGCAAAGCGACCACAGCGGCGCCGUACACGAGAAGUCGCACUACUACGUGGCGCGCAUUCACGCAAAUGAGAACAGAAGCCGCCAAGCCUACAACGCUUCGGCUACCGCAAAGAACAGCGGCUACUCGUCCAACUACCCGCCUCUAUGUCGCAGUGAACAGGACAAUAGCAUACAGCACUGCGUCGCCAAGACUGUUCUCAAGUGGUCCCACUACUAAAGGCCCUGCAACGAGAGCGGUCUCGAUCACCGAGACGACUGCAUCAACACCCUUGACAAAGCCGACCAAGCCGAGGAAGAAGGCCACAGAAAUGUACACGAAGCCCGCCAAGUGGACGCGAAAGCCAACGGGUAAGCCGGAAGCUUUCACAACUUCGCUUCCCCACGUCCGCACUUCUACACCCUCUUACUCAAGCACGUCGACUUCUAAACCAACGAUAUCAAGGCAACCGACUUCAGGUACACCGACUUCCAACCGCCCCUAUUCGAGCCGUCUUCCGCAGCCAUCUUCUCACACUCCCAAAUUCGCGCCGACGGAGGAGAGCAACCACGUGAUGAAACCCGUCACGAAGCCGUCUGGGGCCUCGUCCACGUCCAGCCCCCGGUCGAGAAACGACGAAGGCAACGACGUCAUGCUGAACGACAUGUCGGGAAUGCCGGUGCUUCAGGAGAAGCACUCGGCAGCCGCGCCACUUACCGGGUCAGCCUGGAGCGUCCCGGCCCUUCUCAUCGCCGCUGGCGUCUUAGUCACUGUCUUGUUAGUAGCCACGGCGCUGUACCGAUGCCGUCGACGAUACAGGGAAAACGCGGAUGAUUCCGAAAUGAAGCCCCUGUCCAAGUACGCGGAUGUAGAUGCCGGCGAAACUUCCUCUUGAGCACGCCUGCUCUGGUCACUGUGAGCUUUAGCGUGAAGAAGUAUUGGCCGCACGUGGCGUUUUGUCGAAACCUGAGCGACAGUCUCCUGAGCGACCGUCUGAGCGAGCGUCGCGACAUCCUCCGACAGAAUGUCGUACCCCCCCCGCUGUUUGAACCGCUGCAUAAAGAUGUGAAUUAUUGAAAUUGAAAAUCAGACUGCCCCAUAUAGUGAGCGCUCUUAAGCUCGCCUUAGUACCGGACACUGCAAGUGAGAAAGAGUUUCCGUGAUUCAGGCGAAUGAAAUGAAUGGCUUGUUUGGCAAUCUGCCGCCAGGUAGAUAUUGCGUGCAAGUACGUUCUUGGCAAGUAGGAGCAAGAGGAAACGUAAAGCUUUCCGACUUGGCUCAUGACGUCUCAGCGAUCAACAAUUCCGUGCAGCGCAACCUUAGUGCUAAACAACCAACACUGACUGCGCGGUAUAUCUCUGUUCUUCCUUCUGAAUCAUGACUUUGAUCCACUUCCGCGCUAUGUGAAGUCGUCUUGUCACUUGGGCGCUUUAUAGCAUGCUGCAUGAAUCUCGGUGCUCACAAGUUAGCUUUAACGUCCCGAAUCCAUGGUGGAAUCAAAGCAAUCUGCCUCCAUCUCGGCGACAUCACUUACGCUCGUUAGGGUGGUCGUCGUCGUCGCCAAAUGCGGAGACAUGAGUCUUCGAGACACGUUUCUUGCUACUGGAAGGGGCAUGUUCAGUCUUCAUAAUAAAGGUAACAACGUUGUUAUAUAACUGUC